AUGGAGGCUAUGCUUAAAGCGCAGCAUAAAUAUGUAAAACGUCCACCUCGCAAGGCGUACGGCCGCCUCAGCGCUGAUUCUGAUGACGCCAGUUCACAGCACAAACACAAAAUCGAUGAUCCUUUCGAAGAUUACGAUAACUUCAAAAUAAUAACAUCAGAUAGCAGUUGUAGCCACAACAAUGUAAAUGGCAACAUGAAUGGUAAUGGCAAGAUGGAGAAGGAUGUGGUGGUGAUGGUGGGAGUGUAGCUGCUCUUGAUGCCAAAAUGAUUUCCUGCACACUGCCCGAUUGUCAGGGAAAUUUCGUAAAUGGUGGCGUGGUGUGUGAUUUAGAUGUUAUGACAGGUCUAUGCAGAGGUGAUGUUGGUGCUGCCUCUAAAUCGAAUUCAUCGGCGACGCAAAGGCAAAAAGUAGUCAACGAGAAUACUAUUAACCGCUUGCAGGCGAUGGCGAUGUCAGAUGAUGAUGAUUAUGAUGAAUCUCUGACAUGCAAUGUUUGUGAUAGAGCUUUCCAUUGUCAUAGGCAAUUGGCAUCGCAUCAGCAGAAAAAGCGUCAUUUCGGUUGCAGCGCCUGCGAUAGCCUCUUUCCAUCACUCAUGAUACUAGAACAUCACAAAGAAGAAUUCGAACAUUGGAGCGACGAUGAAAUAAGCCGACGAAUUUGCUGUAGACGAAAUCGGGGGG